CCUACAAGCCCGCUUACAAGCCCGCUCCGACCUAUGCCCCGGCUCCCGCCUACAAGCCUGCCUACAAGCCGGCCCCUUCUUACGCCCCAGCCCCCGCUUACAAGCCGGCCCCCGCCCCUGCCUACAAGCCCGCCUACAAGCCCGCCCCCGUCUUAUGCGCCGGCUCCCGCCUACAAGCCCGCACCGUCUUAUGCGCCGGCUCCCGCCUACAAGCCCGCCUACAAGCCGGCCCCGGCCUACCAUGAGCCCGCCUACAAGCCCGCCAAGGGAUACGGCCACCAGGAGGACUACUCUGAGCCCCGCCCUUACCAGUUCGACUACGCCGUCAACGACCACUACAACGGCGCCGUCUUCUCGCAGAACGAGCACGCCGACGACUACGGUAACGUUGAAGGCUACUACUCUGUCAACCUGCCCGACGGCCGCGUCCAGCACGUCAAGUACGUCGCCAACGACUACGGCAACAACGCUGAAGUGACCUACGAAGGCGAGGCCCAGUUCCCCGAGUACCACCCGGCCCCCGCCUACAAGCCUGCGCCCGCCUACAAGCCCGCGUCCGCCUACAAGCCCGCCUACGCUCCGGCCCCCGCCUACAAGCCCGCGUACAAGCCGGCUCCGUCGUAUGCUCCUGCUCCUGCGUAUAAGCCUGAGUACUAAGAGGGCUGAACUGUCAUAGAAGCCAAACUGGCUUCCACACGAGGCUGUAUUUAAAGUGUACAUAAUGAACAUUGGAAACAUAAAUGAUGUAGUGCUCACAAGACGUGCUAUUUAGUGUCGGGUGUAAAUAUACGUUAUUUAUGCAUCA